AUGGCCCACGGUGCCCCGCGUACAAUGACGGAGCGACAGCCGAUUGCUGCGUGGAAGGCGCCCGGCGAGAAGGUCCACCAAAAGGAGAAGAGAAGGAGCGGCGAAGUUGACCUCUCGCGCAAGAAGCACCCGCAGCGGCAGCAGCGGCGGCUGCGGGAUGGGGGGGUGGGAUUGCGGGCAGGCAUCGCCACGACGUCCACCCGGCAGGCCGCCGCCGCCGCCGCGACACCGACGACCUCCGGCAGCCGCCGUGCCCAGUCCAAAUUAAAAGUCUCCCCUCCCCUCUGUGCGGAGCUCACGAGCAGAGCCGUGCGCGCUCGUGUCGCUUCACGCACGCGCCGCGCGCGCGCCCUCGUGUGCGCACGUACUGAUUGCAGAGGCGGUGAAGGACUCAAGGACGUCCUCGACUUGCGGCGAUCGCAGCGGCUCAGCAGACGCGCGCGCGAGCUUCGCCAGCAAAGGACGUCAGCUGCCGGAGUGGAGAUGAGCGACAAGGCGGAUGGACGGAUGGCCGAGAGGGGAGCGGGAGGAGGAGGAGGAGCGGCAGGAGGAGGAGGAGGAGCCAAGCGCGAGUCGACUGAGGAGGUGGACAUCGACCUCAAGGCGCCCGAGACGGAGCGCGCCGCCGUGGCCAUCCAGAGCCAAUUCCGCAAGUUCCAGAAGAAGAAGGACGACAAGAAGGAGUGACGAGGACGACGACGACGAGGACGACGAGCAAGGCCGACGACGAUGCGACUCAGGGACGACGCCCGAAGGAGGAGACGUGGGGGGGGGGCUCCAGGCACACCGUAAGAGGCCACGACCGCGCCUUGUCCACACCUGGGUGGUGGGGGAGGGGGGCUUUUUAUUAGUGGGAUUAAAGUUCACCGUGUGGUCACCUGUGGGGAGAUGAUACGAGGUCAUAUAUAUAGAAAUAACAAAGAACUAACUACUAUUCUAUUAUUUAACUGAAGAAAAAAAAUCGAUUACAAUUUUUAUCCAAAAAGUGCUUUAAUGAAACCAGCGUGGGUCCUGUGAUGAAUAAUAUUGUAAUACUAAUAAUUGUUAUUUCGUAUUGUAACGCGCCGCGUAGUAUUCACCCACUCUCGUAGAGAGAGAGAGAGGACGACUCGGAGGCUCCAGGAGGAGGAACCACAGCCGACGAGCGGGAAGGCAGCAGCAGCCACGCAUUGAGCCGGCGCUACCUACAAUUAGCUAAGCUCUGCGGUCCUUUACAUAUAAUCGCCCAAUCGAUGAGCAUUUACGUGUGGGAAGAAACCGGAGUACCCGGAGAAAACACAUUCGUGCGAGAGGGAAACACUCUAUCCCAUACAAUCGGAACAGGCGGAGUCCACAUUUGUGUUGCAGCGUCUUCCCCUGGCGAAGUCAGGGUACGGAGGCUCCUCGACCCGCACGGGACGGGAGUUUCGCAACAUCCGUGUGCGGUGAUCCACCAAGCCCUCGCUACCUUCGCCGGCGCUAGAUUCCAGGCGGCCACGUGCAUACCCACCAUCGUAGUGCACGUUGCCAGGUGUUUGUACAACACCACCUCCAUUCAGUGGCGACGCAUUUCAAGGACGACUUUAAGGGGUGAUGACGAAUCUCGGCAGAUUGUAAAAGGCGUGGCGAUGAGACUCGGGGGAGGGGGACGAUUGGAUUAAGCGUGCGCCCCCCUCCCACAACACCCCCCUAUCCAAAACCCAUUUCGUCUCACCUGCAAAAAAGAAAAAUCAUCCUUCAGUCUGUGAUGGUUGUUGUUGUUGUUGUUUUUGAAAACGGAGGAGUACACGCGUGCUGCGCCAGUUGAGAAGACGCAAUAAGGUUCGCCACGACGCAUCGAGUCGUCGAUUGUAAUAAUCGAUUCUUACGAUCAGAAACAGAUGCAUGCAUCGCGUUCUCCCUUGUGGCAAUCGAUUAUUGAGCCGUGUGCGCAAAGGAGACGAUGGGGAGAAGUUAAGCAAAUGGGCCCCAUGUACAGGUGGUCCAGAUGUCUCGUGACCCCCAAAUUAAUUCACCCCUCACAUUGUUUUGGUUCCUUUGCAUGUUAAUUUCUGCUUUAAAUAAACUUUAAAAAAAUAUUAAGUUUUAGAGAAUUAAAUAGAGGUCACAAGACAUUUGGACCACCCUGUAACUUUAUCGUGACAAUUCACGAAUCGCUGGCAGCGACACGCGGGGCGGUGACGCGGACCCAGCGGCCGCGCAUUUCGCCGCUCGUUGCAGAAGUUAUUUUUGCGGUUCGAAUCCAGUGGCCGCCCUGGUUAUUACCACGGGUGAAAUAAUACUAACGACACUGCACCGUCUGCUUCACAGUGAAUGUUAAAGAUCCAUCCGUCGUCUUUGUCAAGAGUUAGGGCCAGAGACCAAAUGUCAAAUCAACCCGCAACUUACUCAAUUGCGAUCACGCAGAGCACCCCCUAUUAGCACGGUUUGGCUACAUACGGUGCAAAAGAAGUUCAACAUAUAUAAAUACGUAGCAACCAUCUCCCCUCUUGCUGGCAGAUAAGGCUCGAUUGCAGCAGGUCAGGUGCAGAGUCGCAAUGUGGCCGCACAGGGACAGCUGCCGCUGGGGGUGUCAUUUGAAGCGUGUUGAGGUGAGAUGCGAUGAUUUCUGUUAAGCGCUUCGGCGAAUUGGAAGGGCGCUCUGUAAAGCCGAGACAAUAAUCAGCGUGACUCACUCUCUGCGCGGUCAUUUGCUAACGGCUCUGGCCGAACCACCUGGGUUGAUGAUCUUUAAACGUGCGACUCGGCCGGAAUGGCAAAUAAGCUGCGUUGGGCUUUGCCGGUGACGAUGCACAUCGGGUGCAAUGAUGAAUGAAGUAUUUGCCUCUCGGGGUCGCGAGAUCCGGUUCAAGAUUCCUUCCUCUGACAUGGCAGUGGAUGUGGCGGCCUCGUAGCGGCUGCAUGUGACACGCGAACCACUUGUGUUGAAUUCAGUGACGACUUUUUCGGUCUCGAGCCACCGGUCACCAUGGCAUCAGCACAUCGAUCCGAACGGGAUCAGCACAUUGGCACGGUAUAACUAGUAUCCGGAUUUCUCCAGGAUAAACAAAUAUUUUCUAAUUCUGAUCCUCGUACACGCGACAAUCUCGUCGGGUGGUGGAGGGGUUCACGACAAGGAUUUUAGCAUUAAGCUAGCACCACGUGGCCUAGCACAAAAACAAAUACGGAUCAUUACAAACAACCUCGAGCUGGAAUACGCUACACAUUCGUCAAUAAUACUGUGGCCUCAAAUAAAUAAAGUACAUAAUAGGCGACGUUUCGGGCAAUGCCCCUUCUUCACAACAAUACGAGUGGAUGAAAGUUGGCGACAGCACUUUGUUUCCCACGGGGCCGGAUUAGAAUUUGAAGGCACGAUCUAAUUGACGGAUGUGAUGAGCUUGUGUGUGUGUGUGUUUUAGUGAGUGAAUUGUCAUUGCGCACCCACUACCAACGAAGCAGCAGCAGCAGCAUCACCGACUAAUUUUGCUGACCCCUUGACCUGCAAAUCGUCGAAUCCGAGGUGGAUCUCGAUGCGUGUUAUCGUCACCCACUAAAUGACGGCGCGGUUACUCGGGGGGAGCUGUGAGCCGGAGAGAAAUGCGAUGCAAUAACUGGGACGGGAUGACGACAGCAAGGCACGAGAGCGAAGAGGCACGGGGACCGGACACUGGGAAGAGGAGAGGAGGAGGAUGACGAUGGUGAUGCGAGAAGAGCGUGGAGUGACGUCACAUAACACAGGAGCCACGUGACUGAAACCACGCGGAGGACACUCGGUGCUGGGGGAAAUGGCAACACUUUGGUGUUGAGAAUUCGGGGUUUUCUUGGGAGACGCGCGCACUCGGCUCUUGAAGGGGUCCAACCAAAGCUCCCCUCCUCUCCCCCUUGUGUCCACGCCGCUCUGCUGCUAUAACCUGCGGAAUAAAAGCUGCUCAGUCGACUCAGUUCCCCAUCGAGUUGAAGAGAACAAUUGAUGCAUGUAUUCGCUCCUACGUUUGAUGUCCGUAUUAAUCAGUUAAUCGCGACGCUUAUCAGGCGCGCAAUGUUGCAUCUAUGGGGCCGUCCAUAAUUGACGUCACGCGAUUUUGGACGAUUUUUGACCCCCCCAACUCGUCACACGGCGUCACAUAAAGUCAGACCCCCCCCCCUCAAAUAUGACGUCACAAAGCUCUGC